CAGUAUAAAAUACACAUCCGAGUUGAGGAGCAAAACGAAGGUUUUGUGUUUGACUUUUUGGAAACAUUUCUACAAUACAGCUUCGUUUAAUUUAAUUGCUGGCAAUUUAUUUACCAUUUUUUAGUGCAUUUAAAUAUUGUAUUUAUCGAAAUCUCUCUAUAUGCCGAUAAAAUUGAUAGAAAAAAAGAAGGAAUAAUGUCGAAAAAUGAGUUUGAUUUUUGUUCAUCGGGUAGUUUGAUGCCACUGAUACAGGCAUUGAUUCGGCCACCAGACAGUCGAGAAACAUCACGCCAAGCAAAUAAAAAGCAACCGCAUCCAUAUUAUCGUCGUCCGGGACGUGGACACAAUCGAGACUGUUGUGAUGCGUGUCGCGAAGGUGGCGAUUUAAUUUGUUGUGACAAAUGCCCCGCGAGUUUCCAUCUAACGUGCCACGAUCCACCACUAUCGGAGGAGGAUAUACCGGCUGGCUUGUGGCUAUGUCAUAUGUGCACCAUGUUACAAAAACAACGAACAACCAAUGCAACUAUGAUGAUGAACAAUGAAAAUCAAAAAUUUAAAGACUCACGACCAUCGACUCCGAAUUCAAGCGAUGGUAGCAAACAAAGGGCCGUUCCGAAACGUUAUGCAUCACGUGUAUCAUCGUGCAGUGAAAAUAGUUUGAGUAGCGAUCGAGAUAUUAAUAUGAAAAUUUCACGUAGUAUAAGUGAACGAUAUAGUAACGGCACCGUACCGACUGACAACUAUGAAAAUAUACCAACAAAUAUUAGCGAAAAAGGUGAAAGUGAUGAACAAACACCAUUCGUUGAAGUGACAGCAACCACAGAGGUGGUACAAAGUGAUGAAACUGGCACUGCACCGUUAACAGAAGUGAUAACGGAAUUGGAAGAGCCAACAAAAGAUACAGACGACACACAAAUUGUAGCCAUUUUUAACGAUAAUUCAUCUGAAAUGGAAAAUAUGGAACAUAAACAAGAGUCUCAAGCAGAAAACACAUCAAACAUACUAGAUAAUUGUAGCGAAAACGACACCGAUAAAUUAAAUGUCGAUGUUGACAACGAUGAUAAAGAGAAAACAGUACAAAAUGGUGACGAAAAUGUGGUCGAUUUAAAAACACCGUUGGAUGAAUUGAUUCGAGCCGCAUCUAUAUUGAAUCCAAGACAAUUCGAAUUGCCACGUGAAUUGAAUAUUUUUCCACGAUUUCCAGGCGACGAAAAAGUGUCAAAUGAGUCGAAUAAAUCAAAGAAUAAGAACAAUAAUCGUAAUGGACAAAAUCGUGUUCGACAUGAAUUGGAUUCUCAAGGCUUGGUUCCAUUGCCGGCGGCAACGUGUUUCUACUGUCGUAAAUCGUGUAAAAAAGCACCGUUAAUAUCAUGCGACUAUUGUCCACUAUUCUUUCAUCAGGAUUGCUUGGAUCCACCAUUGACUGCUUUGCCAACAACGCUUUGGAUGUGCCCCAAUCACCCAGAACAAUAUGUGGACUGGAAAUUAGUGACGUCAAUAUCAGCAACGGAACGUAUCAAACUAUGGAACGAAUUUAGCACGUGUGCCGAUCAUGAAACUAUUAAAACGGAUUUCUUGCGACGCAUACACCGUAAGAAUCCACCGUUUCGAUUUAGGGUAAAGCCAAAAUUACGAAACUGUGCCGAAAUACCUACAAUGGUUGAAUUCCAUUAUAAAAAUCCGCCGCCAUUACUUCCGUCACUGCGUGAUGUCUUACGUUGUGAGCGCGUUUAUCGCAAUCACGGUCUUCCACCGGUUGUAAAUGUUCCCGAUGUUUAUAAUGUUAUUGACAAAGACCUGUUAGAACUUAAAAAAGCAAAUGAAAAAGUCCGGAAAUUCGAGAGAAGCAUUGAACAAGAAUUAAACGAUCCACCGAAAAAUGUAGAUGGCAAUGACGUCGCAGAAGAAGUGAAUGGAUUGAUUGAAGUAAAAGAGAUGUCAGAAGUUGAAGUGAUUGAAAAUAUUGUUGAAACAACUCCGAUGGAAAGUGAUGAAAAAAUUAUUGAAAAAAUUGAAAAUAAAUCGUCAAUCAUUGAAGAAAGUCCAGCGAUUGCUGAAAAUGGCAAGAAAGACCAACCGCUUGUGAGUAACGAUGCUUUAAAUCAACUGCCAGAUUCAAUGGCAAACGAUGAUAAUACGAAUAAACAAAAAUCGAAUCGUAAACGCAAACGGAAUACGAGUACAAAAGGUUUUGGCGCCGAAUGCGAUGAUUUAUUGGAAUUGUCUGAAGAGGUAUUCAAAUCAAAACUAUCGAAUGGUACAAAUGGCACAAUUUCACGUGAAAUAAUCGAUGAACAAUUAGACGGUCUUGAUAAUAAUGUCAUCAAACGACUUGCGCUUGUUCAACUUCAACAAAUACUCAAAGAAAGCCCGGAUUUGGUUGCAAAAUAUCAAAAUGAACAUGCUGACAAAGCGAUUAAAGAUGCACUCAAAGCUAAACCGGUCAAAAUUACGCUUCCUAGUCAAAUACUGUCGAAGAGUGACAUUGCUAAAAUUGCUCAACAAUUCGCUAGCGAUAGCUCAUCGUCCGACGAAUGUGAAAACAAUGAUCCAGCGUUUGCUGGUGUUGGUCAUCCAAUUCCUCCGUUUCCAAAAUUGGAUGUACGUACAUUUUUUUAUGCGAACGGUUUCGAAAAUAUUCCCGAUGAUAAAGAACGUGCUCUGGCUAUCGCAAAACGAUUGGAAAAACCAUUAUUUGAAUCGAAAGUUCGAGCUCGAGCGGUUUUAACACCGGUUGGUGACAUAUUGGCUGGCAAACAAUGGUACACAAGCUCAAGUUCAAAUGACAACAGUUUAUUCAUGCGAUACAGAAAUUUGAAAAUUGGAUCUGGACCCGGUUGUGAUCUUCAAAUGAAAAACGCACACAAUUGUGUUCGACUAUCGUUACAUCAUGCAACUAUUUUCUACGAUGAAGUAACAAAAUCAUACGAACUACUGAAUUAUUCGGAACACGGCACAGAAGUGAAUGGUCAAAUCUAUUCGCUGGAUCUAACAGAACAUCAAGAACUCAAUGAGAAUCGAUUGCAGGAUAUAAAUGGGUUUUAUAAAAAUAUUCGGGAUAUCAUUGAUAAAAAGCGUGGCGUUAAUCGAAUCCAAUAUGGUCUGAGCAAAAAUGCUAGAAUGGCUGCACCAGAACUGCCAACUUGUAAGUGUAAAGCGUAUCCGCCGUUGGAGAAGGGAUGGGAAGGUUCGGCAAUUCUAACUCAUGGCUCAUUGAUCCGAUUCGGUUGUUUGGCCUAUGUAUUUUCAGUGAUUGACAACAUCCAUGAUGAAAACUAAAAUUUACAUCUCCCCUCCCCCCGAGCAUUUCAUAUAAUAAGAUUUUAAAUAUUAUUUUGUAAGAAUAAGAAUUGAAAUUUUGAACAUUUACCGCACAAAAUUGUAAGAAGUCAAAGAAUUUGGAUAUUUAUUUUGAGAAUGAAAAGAGUGUAUUGGAUUGUAUGUGGAAAUAUUUUUAAUCCAUUACUGAUUGUACAGAAAAAAAGGCAUUUUGCAUGAAUAAAAUAGAAUGAAGCAUGUAGAAUGUAUUGUAUUAAACGAUUGGAAAUUUCA